UAGUAUUUAGUAGCAGUUGUCGAUUGACAGCAGAUAGAAGUGGAAGACGAUAAUUAUAUAUGUGAUUAUUUGUGUUGGUGAUUUUUGUGUAGUUUAUAGAUGUAAAAAAUCAAAACAUACAAUUUUUUUAAUAAUAUUUCACUCGAUUUAAGUUAUUGUCAAUCAAGAUAUAAAUAAACUCUAUCUUUUAAAUUAAAUGUGCACUUAAAAUAGAUAUUAUUUCUAGUAGGUAUCGUUUAAGUUUAAAUUGCUGUUUGUCGUGGUUUAAUGUAACGAAAAAUUGGGUUUUCACUUAUACAAUAGCCACAUCAAGGUAUUCAUUGAACAGAGUAUUAUCUCAAGAUGAAAGAUUGGCACAAGUUGUUUCCAAACAAGGAGGCGUUUAUAGUUUUUUCAUUAUACAUAAUUUUAUUUGUUUUUCAGGGUGUCUUUAUUACUGCUUCAAAAACUGAAAAUGGUGUUUAUGAUUACAACACUACACUAGUUGUAUUUUUAUCAGAACUAUUAAAAUUGGUCAUUUCAGCUACUCUGUACACAUUAAAACGCGAAAACAAACCCCAUCUUUUUAAAGCUAUAGUCAAAGAUUAUAAUCUAUUACUCCUGUACUUUAUACCUUCACUGUUAUACUGUUUCUAUAAUAAUUUAGCAUUUAUAAAUUUAUCACAUUAUGAUCCAACGUCAUACUAUAUACUACUACAAUUUAGAGUGGUCUUAACAGCUAUAUUGUUCCAGUUUCUCUUUCAGAAAAAACUUGCUUUUGUACAAUGGAUAUCACUGGGAAUUCUAACAAUAGGAUGUAUGAUUAAAAACUUUGAUGCAGCUUCAGUCAAAUCAAAAGGUGAUACUGAUCUAUGGUCUCAAAUAUUCAACAUGUACUUUUUGUCAAUUAAUUUUCAAAACUUUUGUUCUUGCCUUGCUGGGACAUACAAUGAAUAUUUAUUGAAAACUAAAGGAUCAAAUGUAGACAUAUUUCUACAAAAUGUUUUUAUGUACAUUGAUUCAUUGCUAUGCAACUUUUUCAUCCUCAUAUGUAAGGGAGAAGUAACUACAAUGUUUCAAGAUUUACAAUCCUUAGGCGAUAUAUUUGUAAUAUUAAUAACAGUGAACAGUGCAAUUGUAGGUAUUGUAACCAGUUUCUUCUUAAAAAAUUUAAACUCUAUAUUAAAAACAUAUGCCAGUGCAUUAGAAUUAAUCAUUACCGCCAUAGUGUGUUACAUUUUGUUUAAAAUUGUAAUAACAGGAUAUACAAUUGUAUCAAUAUGCUUAGUUGUGAUCGCAGUUGCCAUGUAUUUUAGAAAUCCUGUUAACAAUGUCAAUAUUAACAAUAGCAGUGAAAAAGAUACAAGAGAUUUGAAACCACUUUUAAAUGUUGUAGUUGAUUAACAUGGUGGUCUAGACUGCGAAACUUGUAAAUAUUAUUAUUAUUUUCCUCUAAAUGCAUGUCCAACUAUGACAUAUAAACAACAUUUUAACAAAAAAAAGUUAUGAAAUUGUGCUCUUGCAUGAAAUUUUUAUACAAGGUCAGACUAUUGUGUGAUGUGUACAAUGUACAUCUGUAUAAUUUUAUUUUCAAGCACAUGAUACGGUCUAAACUGGCUGUUUUACAUGACAUGUAUAGAACAUCUAUACAAAAAAAAUAUAUUCAUAAACAUUAAACAGAGAUAAAGGUUACCUAUAACAGAAAUCCAUAAAAUGUUGAGCUAAUCUCUAUUGUGAAUAUUAUGUUACCCUUUAGAGUAUAUCACUAAAUACCUUGUAUAAAACAAAGUUGCUUUCUUUGUCCCUAUGUCCCUUUGUAUGCUUAAAUCUACGCAACGGAUUUUGAUGUGGUUUUUUUUUAUUGAUAGAUUGAUUCAAGAAGAAGGAUUUAGUAUAUAAUUUAUUAGAUUUUAGACGAAGCGGGCGAAGCCGCGGGCGGUUAGCUAGUACUUUUUAAUAUGGUUUUUAGUUUCAAGAUCCAAGCUAUAAAAUUAUAAAUUGUUGAUGUAAUAUAUUUUAAGCAACUAGCUACUGAAACUCAAAUGUUUACUAAUUUAAUUAAGUUACCUACUUUUUAAAUUAUUUACAAAAAAAAUCCUGUGUUGUAUUGGCAUUUGUAUUAUACAUACGUAUUAUAUACUUAGGUUUUAUUGGUAUUGUUUGGGUUGAUUUUGUACAUGUUGACAUAUUUUAUUGUUAAUAAAUUAGCACAUUUAAAAAUGGUUCCUUUAGCACCAAUCCAUUGGCAUAUUUUUAAUUUAUUUUAAAGUAUUUUAGAAUGAGAUUUUCCGUUAUAUUAGUUAGGUACUGAAAUAGCUCUUAUUAAAAAUAAUUAUUUGUAAAGAUUUUAUGAGGCUUUAUUUCAAAGUGAAUGGAGCAAGAUAUAAAUUGCAAUAAAUUGUAAAUAAUUUUGUAAACAUUUGUAAACUACAAAGAUCACAAUGAAAAAACUUGUUUUAUGAUUGAUCUCAAUCCCUAAAGAUCAUAUUUAUAUUGGAGCUUUAAUUUUAUAUUUCAUACUUUCAAGGACUUAAUGUUAUUUUUUAAUUAUGAUUGUGCUGUGCACUUUACAUAUAUUUUAUUUAUAUAAAAAAACAAGUACUCGCCAUUGAGGUAUUAUUACUACGGACGUAGUACAUAGUUACUCUCUUAGUUUAUGUAUUGUAUUUAUAUAUUAAAUUUUAUUAUUUAUAAAAAUUAAUAGGUGCUUUAUUUUAAAUUAUUAUUAUUCAGACAUCACAGUACAGUAAGAUUUGGACCUAGUAUCUGUAUGAAUAAUCAUCAGACUCAAUCAUAUAUAACAUAAACUAGCAACAUAUAAGCACAUUAUUAAAAUAUGACAAAAACAUUA